GCUGACCCAAAUGAUAGUGUGUGAAUAAUUUUGUGCUCGUAUUUUCACCUUUAUUUCCUAUUUACUGGAUUUAUUUCUGCACCAAAGGGAUUCUCUUACAUGUAUUCAAGAAGGGUUGUGGAAAAGUUCGAUGGAAUGCCAAUGUCUAAUAUCUGUAUCACUCUUAUGAUUCAUUCAACACAAUGAAAUAGACAAUGAGCUCGGAAACGAUUAUCAAACGUGAUGAUAUUACCCAUGGGGUAACUUAUAUAGGAAUACCCCCGCUGCAAAGAUUGUGAAUACAAAAUGUCGAAGAUGAUGCCAUCCCGUAGCCGGAUGUCGUAUACCUGCACCAAAGGCCUGCAGAAUGCGCCUGGAGAAAACAACUGUUUUCUCAACUGCGCUGUUCAGGUAUUAUGGCAUUUGGAUGUAUUCCGGCGAAGUUUUCGAAUAUUAUCGGGCCACGCCUGUCUUGGCCAUUCGUGCAUAUUCUGUGCACUCAAGGUGAUUUUUACGCAGUUUCAAUUCAGCGAUCAAACUGUGCUGCCCCCAGAUCGGCUCCGUAAGGCCCUCGCGGAGAGUUUUGUCGACCAGCAACGAUUCCAGCUGGGAAUCAUGGAUGACGCUGCAGAAUGCUUUGAGAAUAUCCUCUACCGCAUCCACUACCACAUUGCCCACGAAGAAAAUGAGGACAAGUGUCAGGUCCCCCAUUGCAUCCCUCACCAGAAGUUCUCACUGCAAGUUGUUGAGCAGAUCGUGUGCCCGUGUGGAGCCUCAUCAGAACCCUUGCCCUUCAAUCAGAUGGUGUUGUACGUCUCUGCUUCUGCUUUGGCUUCUCAAGCAAGCGGGCUCAUGGAAGAGGAAGGACACUACUGCGAUCCGUCCGAAAAGUUCAGUAUGUUGGUUGGGCGAGCCCAUACUUCUGGUGAUUACAGGGAAUGUCCAAGUGCAUGUGGAAGGAAGGUCCUCAUCCGAAGGAACUUGAUGAACAACCCAGACAUCCUGAGUCUUGGGCUGAUCUGGGAUUCAGACCGGCCAUCAUUUGAUCAGAUCCUUGAUGUUGCGGAGACGAUCGGAACGAAUAUCCGCCUCACAGAUUUGUUCAACUUUGUCAAAGAUGGCGACGCGAGACACACUAACUAUCAGCUCAUGGGCAUCGUCUGCUACUAUGGGAAACACUACUCAACCUUCAUGUGGCAUACAAAGUCAAGUGCCUGGAUAUAUUUUGAUGAUGCCACCGUCAAGGUGAUGGGGCGUAACUUCCAGGACGUUAUCGACAAGUGCUGUAAGGGGCGCUACCAACCGUUGCUGCUGAUGUACGCCAACCCAGAUGGUCAGGCGAUUGAUCCCACUACGGCCCCAAAAGCGACUUACCCAGUUUCUGAAAAAAUACAGCCAAGACACAGCAGAACCUCCAGCCGUGAUCGCAGCCUUAGCCCAGACAAUCUACUCGCUCAUCCUCCGAAUCCACAAGGUGGAAAAGAUCAGGCGUCGAGUGACCUAAAUGCUGCCCAGAGGCGUGCUGUCACCCCCACACCAUGGGAAACCAAGGAGCAAGUAUUAGCGCCAUCAAGACGAGCUGUCACACCCAGUCCUGAGUGGGGACGCUACGAUGGUGAUGAUGACGAUGCUAAGCGACAGAAGAAACCAAUGGUAGAACAUCAUCGGCAGGGAAGUUUCCUUAUCGCCAUUUCAGGGAACUUGGAGCCAACUGGUGAAAUUCCUCUUGAUGCUGAUCGAUCUAAGAAGCAAUAUGUAGGUCAGCCUGGAAAGCAGGUUGGGACUAAUCAAUAUGGCAAGUUGAAGACCCAGCGUACUGGUAUGCAGGUGCAGCCGAUGGAGACGAUAUAUGCUAAGACACGAGCAGGUGACCAAGUUGAUGGUGGAUAUAGCAGAAUGAAUUCUAAUGUUGACCAGAAUGCUCCACCGAUGCAAAGUGGUCAGUACAUCCCCACUGGGUAUAAUAUGAAUUAUGGCGGUAAAGCUGGGUGCACGCCGGGUUACGGACAUGUCGACAGUGUGCAACAACAACAACAACCCCCAAAGCCGCAGGUUGCGGUGAAGGAAAAGCACAAACCUGCACCACUACAGCGGAAGAACUCCAAUAGUAGUCAUGGCAGCAGCCCCUCAAGGCACAAGAGAACAAAGUCUAUGGACUCUAAAACAUCAGAAAAAGAUAUCAAUGACGCAUAUGGUUACACUAUGUCGGGGCAUGGUCACAAGAGGUCAGGAAAAGCACCCGAUUCUCCGAAAUCCCCAACCGGUGCCUGGGAUCCUAAGUUUCUCACUAAAGUGGCUGAAAUCCAACGGAAGGAGAGUUUCAAGAAAGGUAGAGGGAGGGUAGGAGCAGACGUGAUUCGAGGUUAUGUCAAUCCCGAUGAGGUGCCCAGUCCAGAAGAUGGCCCAAAAGAUGGCAUUGUGAAGAGUAGUUCGGCUGAUAAUCUGAUUGUGACACCUACCAAGAAAGUAGUCCGGGCGCAUUCCGUAGAUGAUAACCUGACCUCGCAUGCUAGUUCACGGGACGCUACCUACGGGAGGGCAAAAUCUAUUGAUGGUGGCCUGCAUGGUCCUCAGCAGCAUGGAACAUUCAUGCGAGCAAAAUCAGUUGAAGGAAACUUGCACCAAUAUCCAGGAAAUGCACCAGCUGUCUUACAAGACCCGCCAAAGAAAGCGUUGGGUUCCAGGACCUAUGACGAUUCGUUCAUGGUCCACACUGGUACUUUUGUGGAGAAUGGUUUUGCUAGCUUGCCACGUCCGAGGCGAAAGACUGCCAAUGAUUCCCAUACUUAUGUCAACGUUGAUGACCUUCCCCCGGCAAAGGAAGAACCACGAUCUACUCAGAAGAUGAAUUUGCUCAACUCGCAGACAAGUGUUCAGAGUGGUGGGAGUGAUUCUGGAAAGUCUGACCAGGAUGUUGGAGGGGCGUACAUAAACCGCAAAGCAGUUGAGAACAUCCUGAAGAUGCAGCAAGGCAUGCGGGGCCAGUUGGCACCAGGGUUGAAGAAGCAGAAUACCAAGGGGCCUUUGAAAGCCCAGGCGCCAUUAACAGUAAUCAACAGCAACCAGGGAAAUAAGAACUUGCAGAAUGUACCGAGUAAUGUACGGGAGACGUUAAAAGUUGACAUCCCAGAUACGUCUUCGUUAGGAUCACACCAAGAUUCCGGUUAUCGGAGCAAUGAAAGUGGAACAAGUGGGGACCGUAACAGCGCCAGUUCGGCCAGCAGUAUGUCCGUAGAUUCUCCUACCGUUUCUUCCUCUGCGACGCAGCAGCCUCGUAAUGUGUUCCUGGCAUCUCAAGGGAAUGUUUACACCAUGUCGCGACAACCGUACCGACAGACCAGUCAAGAAGUAAAGACGCAGAGUGGCUCAGGAAGUAGUAAAUCAUCCACACCAAGGGACGACAGCCCAUUGGACAAUCAGCAAAAAGACUUGGUAGAUGGUAACCGAAAUGACAUGUCGACCCAGGGGUUGCUGAUACGGGCCAAUCUGAAUCAGGUUCCUGGCACCAAUAAUGGCAUCAACAUGGAGAAUCUUGACCCGUCGUCUUACGAGAAGCUAGGUUUCAAGAGCCAUUUCGAUCACUUGCUGCUGAUGGCGGAAGACCUUAUGCUGAAAUCGACUGAGAAGGAAAAUAAAGAUGACAUGAGCACUGCUCUGCAGCUAUGUUCACAAGCGACAUUGUCAUUAAAACAGGCCAUGGACAUCCCCUACAUUGAUUACCAAUCGUUCAUGCACGCCCAGCUCAAGCAUAACACCUGUGUCAUGAGAAGCAAGGGGUUGCAUCGUAAUAUUGUAACGAGGCAGGAGUCGAACCACUCGACACAAAGCGACAUCAGUGUUGGAGACCAACAGAGCAUCAGCUCAAUGAGCACUGAUACAGACAGCCAUGAGGGAACACCUAGUUAUCCGCAAGGACUCAAGCAGAUGACCAAGUCUCAGUCGACAGGCACACUUCCCAAAUCGUCAGCCAGCUAUCAAAUGACGCAUUCAACAUCGACAUCUGGUCAGUUCUCGCAAGCUGGACAGAACACGUUGGAACGACAGAAUCGUAAUAUGGUGCAGUCGAAGACUGGGCCGCGUGUGACUGCUAUGAAGCCACAAUUGAAUCCAGGUGGACAGCAGAUGACUUCAUUCAAAGAUCCAAUGCCGCAGCAGUUGUUAAAUAUUCAGCGGGAUUCGGAGCGGGAUAGUGAUUCAAGUCAUAGCAGCUCGAUGAGCAUCCCAAAAAGUGGAUCAGAAAGUGGUGUUUAUAGUGUGCGGGAAAGAAAACUGAAACGACACACAGGACCUGUCAAGGCGACGCAACCUCAUGGGAUGGUGGCGGGAAAUUCUAAUAGGAUUAUGGCGGGAAAUGUUCCAAGGAGUAAUUCAGUGGAUAAUGCGUUGUGCACUGAUGAAAGUGGUCGGACUUAUGAUAUUUACGCAACGUUACCCAAGAAGGGUUCAAAACGUGAACAGGCAAUGAAAGCUGAACAGGCCAAGCAGCAGAAGUCAAAGAACGUCGAGGUCUACCUUGAUUAUUUGAGUAAGCAAAAAGCAACGACGAUGAAAAGUAGUCAGGUUAUGCAGGUCAGCAAGGUUGACGAUAUUGAUGAUUUACCCCCACCACCGCCAGAGAUGUUAGUGGGAUUCCACCAGAAGACUGAUAGCAAUGUUUCUAAUAAUUCUAAUGCUUCUAAUGAUUCUCAGAAAAAUGCAAAAAAUCUGGUUUAUCGGACGUUACCGACGAAGGAUGUUACAAACAGACAAGGUCAGGGGGUGCGUCAUCCACAACCGGGACAGCAAACAUUAGAGAAACAGCGGUCGACACAGGAUAAACGGAAGAUGCCACCCCCACCACCUGUACGGCGUUCAUCUCUGAAUCCCGAUGAAAAUAGUAAACAAAAUGAACAAGGUCAAAAUGCAUCAAGUGGUCAGCCGCCUGUGCGUAUGAAUUCUGAAGGAUCUAAGUUCGAAUCUGGUGCUAAAUCAAACCAAGCUCAGCUUGGCCGUCAAAUCUCUGCUCCUGCCCCUUCGGGCUACUAUCACUACCAUGACCCUGCUGCCCUUGGGAUACAGACCAGUGUGGCCUCCCAGGGGAGGCAAGGACCUAAUGUUAAUGUGCCAAAUAGUGUGUCUCAGCCUCAGCAACGGACUUCUGCACACAAUCCUAUACCAGUCAUGCAGGCUGAUGGACGUUAUUCAAAUGCCACCAGUCGGACAUUAGACAGUCGGCAGCAAUCUCAUUAUGCCCCUUGUGGACAGUCUUUGGUGAAUCAUGGUCAAGGUCAUAGGCAGCAGGGUCAAGGACAAUAUGUGUCACAGGGUCAAGGACAAUAUGUGCAGCAUCCGAGUCAGUCAUCUCAGAGGCAGCAGUUGGAUACGCGGUGGAAUGUCAACAUGCACAAAGCUGUUCCAGAUUUGACUCACUGCCCAAGGUGUCGGAAAAACGACAGUUGGAUCCCGGAGACGAAUGUGUGUAUAAAUUGUGACGUCCGGGGCAAGAGCAAGGGCCCCAAGCAUCUGCCAUCCAAUGGAAUUAUGAAGAAGUCCAAGUCUCAGUCGCAUUUAAAUUAUCCAGAUGAUCACGGAGGAACGAUCAUGACCGCGUUAAGAUGUGAACAAGGUGUUUCUACGAUUCCCAAUAUAAAACAGCUCAGAAAACCGUCCGAUUCAAGUAAUCCGUCAAAAACCUUUACCAGUUCUCCCGACCUUCUCGACCUCAAUCCGGCCAUUAUCUCUCCCGACGAAGGCAUCCAUUCAUUAUCUAGUGAUAACAGUAAACAAUCGUCCACAGACUCUGAUUUCAACGGGUGCAUGCGCUCCGUCAAAGAAAUCGCUCUCAGAUUUGAGCAUGUUGAAUUGGGUAAAGGCAUAACUGCCAAGCAAGCAGCAAUGGCACAUCUUCAAGCUGCGGCUCGCCGCGCACAAAUGGCAAGAAAAGGAAAAUCAGCCCUCACAAAGAAAAAGGACAGGAAGCAUCGUAAGAGUGUAACAUUUGCGGACACCAUCGCUGAAGACGUCGUCAAAACUGCCGAGAAAAAAGCGUCCGAGAAAGAAAAUCCGGAUAGCCCGGUGGAAAAACAGGCAGCGGGUUAUGACUCGGAUUAUGACGAGGACACUAGCGACUCCUGUGACAGCGAUGAUGAGCAAUGUUCCUCGCGAUGUAUGUUGUGUCGGAAACGACGGGUGGAGCCACCUUUUGUCUAUUGUAAAGAUUGUGAAUCGUACAUGCAGCGAUUUUUGCCUCAGCCUGAGCCAGCUAGCGAUGAUGGUUAUGAUGGUGAGGUGAAGACGGUUUAGAGUUUUUCACUCGGAAAAGCAAAGCCAGAUGAAAUUUUAUUUUUGAUACGUUUUUAUCUUUACCAUCAAGCUGCAUUGCAUACAGAGUGUGUUGACCUUAAAACUUUAGGGGAUAUCAAGAAUUGUAAGAGUGAGAAAGUAGUUCUCUCAUUCUCUGAAUGCAAGCCCCUCUAUUAAGGACAAUGAUUUGUUCCAUUCAGUUUAACCUCCCUAUUCAGGACAGCAUUCCUUAUGGAGAUGUUCCAUGAUAGACAAGGGUAAAUUCUUGAAAAUGAGUUCUGCUGAUUUAAUAGAAGUCUGUAUCAUUCUUGAUAUCCCUCGGAAGAUGCCUUAGGUCAUGUCAUCCAUCCAACAUUUCAUCGUCAAGUUCUAGAGUGGAACCUGCUGCAAAAUCCAGAUGAUCUCCUAUAUUGAUUUGUCAUAUUCGUACCACUUGUAACUAUUUAAGGAAGAAGUCUAUUUGUAGUUAGACUUUUUAGAUGAUAGGCCUAGCAUAGAUCUGGUGUUUUCACUGUUGGAACCUUCAGGAGUCUUUGAGCGAUUCCAUGACUGUUUUGAAGGGGGUUAUAGGCAGGAGCUCGGGGACCAGUGUACCCUGUAAGGGCAAUUGCAUCCUGCUUGAUGAGUCCUCCUUCAAGCGUGAAUUGUGCUGACGUAUUUGUGAAAUCGUAGAGACAGCUAUUGGUGACUUUGUUUUACUUCACCUGGCCCACUUUGCUCCUGCCUAGUCUCCCAUUAAGAGCGUUUUCACUCAGCCAGGUUCAAUUCACGAGUAAACUUGGGAGAGCAGAGGACAGCACCUACCUUCUUCAAGACCUCCGCUCCAGAGAGUUCAACACUGAAAACAUAACACAGUGCUAAUAUGAGUAAAGUUUUGUUGAGUUGUCCAGUGAAGUUUGGUGUUUGAAUUGUUCGUGUACAUUGUUGUCCUGCCAUGAUUUCUCUUUGUUGUAAUCGUCCAUAAUGUUGCAUAUCAGUUGUACCAGGUGGUGCCGGUAGUCCAGCGAUAUACCGGGCCGCCCAGUCCAUCCACCAAUAUCAAUAAACAUAUCAAAUGUUUCUAAUUCUGUAUAUUCCUGCCAUUGUAAUCCUGUAUAUCUUAUAAUGUGUAUUCCUGCCUCGUAAUUUUGUUUCUAUUGUAUAAUCCGGCCGCCUCAUGCACUUUCAUUCCAGACUGUCCAUAAUUCCGGCCUAUCGUCUGUCCAAUAAUCCUGCCUUUCUUUUCAGUUCUCGCCUCGAUUUGUCCUGAAUUGGCUAAAGUUACACAAUCACUUGAUUUCUAGUGAUGAUAACAUAUCGUAUUAAUAUUUAACUGAGAUUUCAGCAUAUCAGUUACCUCCAGCCAUUUGUUCAUUGAUAACUUUUCGAUAUUUAAGAUUUAGAAACGCAGAUUUAUCAUAAAAGUUCAGAUUCUACAAAUAUUCAAUGAAUUCUACGAGAACAUUCCAAUUUUGUGUAAAUUAGUAAGAUUGCAUGGCAUAUGGUCCAAUUUCAACAUAAUUUGCUUGCCAGUUAGAAAUUUUGUAUUUUGUCAAAGAAAUUCUAAACGACAGGUUGCGUCCAAUAUUCAUUGCCACUACCUCUGCUACUUAACCAUAAAUUUUCACAAUGAUCGUUAAUUUUGGUUAAAGGUUUCAAGCCCUUAUUUGUCCGGCCUUGCUUGAUGAGUCCAUUUCGCAUGCCUGUGGACGUCCAAUUUGAUAAUUAUAACCUGUGAGUAUACCAGUUAAAGAAAUUGAUCGAUGCUAUUAAUAAUUAAUAAAGAUGCAUUCUACCGAACUAACGGCUUCCAUGACUUUUUCAAGGGCAAAUGUUUGGUAUAACGUUAUCUAAAGACUGAAAAAUGUUUUGUAAUUUUUUGGAAGAUUGUUGUUAAUAUGUCGAAGACUAAUAUCAUUAUUUUACAGCCUAAUAAUAUAAAGUCACAGUAGGUUUGUUAUGAAUUGCAUAAUUUGUAAAUUUUGGUUUCAAAUUUUUAAAAAGUAUUGCAUGAAAUUUAAAAGAAAACAGCCUGAUAAUUUGAAUUAUAUCACAUUGAUGAUAAAUUGUAUGAAUAAUAAUAAUCUGGAAAGUUUGUAAAUAUUUGUUCGAAAUUGAAAUCUUUGGACAAACAUUGCAUGAAAUAUGAAAGAAUGCAGUAAAUGUAGUAAAAUGCAUUAAUGAAUUUAUUUUCAGAAAGAUGAUGUUUAUUUUGGUCUGAAUUUUUCUUCUGUUUCGAUCAUUAUCAGCUUUGGACAGCUUGAUAUCUGGGGUCACUCAAAUCAUCUGAUGAUAGCAUAUAUUUAAUUUGGGGUCUGAUUUUUGAGAAACAUUUGAAUAUUUGUUUCAGUGAGGGGGGGGGCUUGGUUGUUUUACACACAACUCAUAUUCAAACUUAUUGAAUAUUCCCACUUAUCUUCCUAGAGAUUUUCCUCUAGACACUAGUACUGUCGGAACUCUGUCCUUACAAAAUAACUCGAAGACGCACAUAUAUUUAAAUUUAAUUUCGUCUUUAUCUGUCUAAAGAUUGUAAUGUUUCCAAGUUGGUGCUAGUCGCAAUUGUAUAAUAAUUAUUAAAAUCUGUAAUCAUUUGUGCAAUUAUCCUUGAGUAACGAUAUCAGCACAAGCUUAAUGUUCAUCUGAAAAUGAAAAUAAGGAGUACUUUGGAGAACAUUCUGAAGACAUACUUCAAAAUGGGUCCAGGUGAUAUUGACAUUAUUUCUGUCUGGAAGGGGGGGGGGCAGAAAUCCAAAUUAUUUUUGGUAUUUAAAGUUACGAAAAUGUACAAGAAAGGUAAAAACUUUCAGCUCCUUGAGAGUUAUUGCCCUGUGCUUUUCAUUGGGGCUUUGGUCCAAUCCUCUCUUAUUUUUCAUACCAGAAUCUCAACAGUUUUGUGCAUGUUGUUCAGUUUGGUGAUGCUGACUUGUGAAAUGUGGCACUUUUGACUAAAUGUUUUAGUUUAUUUAAGACAUUGUACAUAGGCUAGUUAGAUUACACAUCAUAGGAAAAAUUGGAAGGUUUCUUUAGGAAAAGUUUACAAAUUGUACAGAUUAUGUAUUUUGAUAUUUGAAUGGUUAAUUUAGAUGAAAUUUCAAUAUUGGUGAAACUUGCUGUUGGAACUUAGAUUAAGAUUUAGUUGACAAGCUUCGUGUGUCAGCAGGCAGCAUGUUAAAUAUUUUUCGAUGCAUUUUUUAACCUGCUGGACUCGAGCGAAAUUGAAAUGUAAUUAUACUGUAAUACCAAAUUUGAUUAAUUUCAACUGAGUUAUGUUUAAUGUGGCUUAUGUCCAUUGUCGAAGAAUGCAGGUUUUUCAUACACAUGUGUACCAUUGAUGAAGUUAAAGAUUAUAUUUUGCAGAGCUUAACACUUUUAGAAGCGGGAGCUGCCAUAUGAUGGUCCAUUGUGCUGAAUGUAUGACAUUUAUAUUCAUCUACAUGAUUUUUACACUACAAAGUUAAGAUUUUACGAGACGAAUUAAAGUCUAUAACUAAAUCGUAAUAACAAAAAGAUUAACACAUCUUUUAUGAAAAAAAAUUGUUUCUUGUAAAAUUAAAAAAUCAUAAAAAUGGUUCAUUUCUGAUGGCUUCCUGAGUGUUAAGUGGAUGUUCUAGUCUAUUGGCCAUUUGGGCAUUUGUAUUCUAUUAAAACACCAAAUUUGAUUCAUAUAUUAUUCUUAAGAUUGUUUUUAAACAGCAUCAAACUGAUCUUAACGAGAAAUCACUUCUCUAAGUGCUACACACACUUUCAGUUUUGGAAAAACUUUUGUACAAGACAAGGUUGACUUGUCAAAAUUUGUUUAGAAUAAAGGUUUGCAUUCUAGAAA